AUGAGGUCAUUUACUCUGAUCAGUAGCCUCAGCCUUAUACUUCCUUCUUUUGCUCUAGUAGCCUACCAGCCUUGUCUUACCACCACUGCCUUGCCCAUGGUCACCGUCAAGGGUGGCCCAGAUGGUUACUACACUGAAUGCACACGGACAUAUCGAGAGUUUACUCCUCAAGGCUUGACUACAAAGAUUUACACCGUUACACAAACCUGCUCCAAUCUCGACUGUCAGACGCCGCCAAUUGAAACUGCUCCUCCGCCUGGCUUCACUGCCGCGGUAGUGAAAUGCAGUGACUGUGGUGGGCAAGGCACUCAGGUCGCCACCUUGACAUUUCCUACAGAAUCUGUCGAGGCAUAUUCAUCUUCAGGAUAUGUGGUUGAGCCUCUUAGCCCGGUACAGGCCACAAAGGGUUGGAUGGACCACUUCAACUCACCCCCGGCCGUUGAAACAGUCAACGUCAACGGUGACACCGGCAUGAACGUCGAAAAUAUUUCCCCUACUCCAGGUUCAUCAGAUUAUACCUGGUCUGCGCCUCAAGGAUCUCAAGUACCAAGUAAUGAAGGUAGUCAACAGGGUCAGAAUAGCAAUGAGAGCUUCGGCGAUACAAGCUCUCAUCAUGCUGCAACUGAAGAUACGGGGUCUGCAAGUGGUGACGGCUCCUCUGAUAGCCAAAAUGCCGGAAGCUUGGAUGGCACAUCCAGCGCGAAGGGGUGGCAAUCAGGCGAGACGGGCAACACUCCUGGCUCUGGAUCUAACGCUGGUGACACACCAGCAGGAUCUAUCCCCCAACAAGGCUCUCCAUCCUCUUCUUCAUCCUCUUCAUAUGACGCCACAGGAUCACAAGAGCAAGGGCAAAAUACUCCUGGCGACUCCAAUGAUCCCACAGGCAACACACAAGGAGAUGCUCCUGCCUCUGGUAUUGCAUCUGUUGAUGGAGAGCCCAUCACCAACACCAACAACAAGCCAGAUGACGCAGCCAAUACCACAUCUCCUGAUGGUGUCAAUGGCACCUCUGGGGACACAUCCGUAUCACCGGAUAACAAUUCAGGGCCACCUUCAUCGCAAAACAACAGCCCUCCCGUUGUUGACUCAGAUUCCAAACACGCUGGAAAUGACGAUGACUCACAAGGACCAGAUGCUCCCUUCACUACUGGGCCUCGACCUUUGGCUGGACGACCCAAGUGA